AUGAUGUUUGAAAAGCUCACUUUGGCUUGUGAUAGACUCCUAUCACAUCGGCAGCUCGCAUGUUGUAACUCAUAUUGUGGCAUCCCACUGCAUGGGAAAGACAUGUUGAUUUACAGUAAUGUAGAUAUCCAGCAGAAGCCCCUGCUGCUGACUGGCCACCAUGGUGAGAUCAGUGCCAUGACUUUUGGAAAAGGAAGCAGACCUGUUCUCCUCUGCUCUGCCUCUGCCGAUUAUAUCAUUGUAUGGGAUAUUGAUCUGUGCCAGAAGAGAGCGAUGGAGGGUAAAGUUGCAGCUGGAAUAGUUAUCGGGACUUUACUGGGUGAAGUCAUCCAUCUGUCAUUCUGUUUCUCUGAUGAACGAGUGGCUGCAUGCUCAGGAGCUACUGUAUAUAUUCUCUGCUCAAAGAGAAAGGAAGUUGUGUCUUCUUUGACCGGCCACCUCGGACCUUUAACAUCAGCAGAGUUUUGUCCCUGGAAUAAAGACAUUAUCAUCACCACAUCAGAGGACCGCACUUUUAAGGUGUGGGAUUUAAAAACUGGAGGUGUAUGCUACCACUCCUUUGUGCUUUCAGCCUCUCCACUGCUCAGUGCAUUCUUCUUGGAGGAGACCAGGCACUUCAUCACUGGCUCAGUUGAUGGACAGGUGUGGUGCUUUUCUCUCCACGAUGACCACAAGUGUCACCUGGUGACCAAAAUGGACCUUCAGAAGAUGGAAAAAAGACAUCAAAUGCACCAAGACACUGUGGGCCAUCAAGCAGAGGAUGCAGAUCAAUCAGCUGUAGAUAAGGUGGAGACUGAAAAACCUGUCUUCAAAAUGGCUUUUUGUAGCUCACUUACUGACACCAAUAAUGAGCAGAUAAAGGACAACAGCUGGUUAUGUAUUGGAAGCUCAGAUGGCCUGUAUGUGGUGGAUCUGGCUACCUCAGAGCUCCUAACAGUACUAUAUUUCAAAGGAGGAACAAAGGAGCAGCCUCUGGUUUUCCAUUCAAAAGUGAAAUCAUCUGGAUACACCAGUGCCCCACGAAGGAUAAUGUUUUCACCCAAAACAAAUAUUCAGAAGAGUCAUUCCUCUAAAAAGGCUAACAAAACUACAGGUUUACUCAGAGAUUAUCCAGCAGACAGUGCAGCACCUACUGUUCCACAUGUUCAUCUCAGCGUUGCUAACAAGGCAGUCAACUGCCUUCAUUAUUCAGGUGAUGGAAAACAAAUCCUGUGUGGUCUGGGCGACAGCUCAGUGUUAUUGUACAAGUCCUCCCUUACUGGCAAUCCAGCUGUCUACACAGGUCAUGACAAGCCAGUGAGCAGUGUUAGCUGGAGCCUCAACAGACAGUGGUGGUUGAGUGCAUCAGAAGACCAGUCACUACGAGUCUGGGCGCAUGGCAGCACAGAGCCUGCCAUUAUCAUGGGUGACAGUUUGUUCUCCAAACCCAUAAGAGGUGCUCAGUUUUACUACCUCGACAAAUUUCUGCUUUUUGCAUCUGGACCCUCCCUGUACUUGUACCUGUAUAAUGUGGACAUCACACGCGAUGACAUCAAGAGAUAUCAGCAGCGGAGUGUCGUCAAAUUGGCGAGGUGCCUUACAACAACAUCACCAACCGACAUCACUGCCUUGUCUGCAGUCAAUGAUUUCUUCUCUUACAUUGUCCUGCUGUGUGGUUCAGAUCGAUCCAUUCAAGUGUUUGACAUGAACAAAAGUACAGUGUCCUCAGAGCUGCCUGAUGCCCACAGCAGAGCUGUCCACUGCAUUACACAGAACAAGGGCUCCAUGUUCAGCACACAGGCACCGGAGUCAUACAACCUCUUCCUCACCAGUGCAGUCACAGAUGGUGUAAAGAUUUGGGAUCUCCGUACUCUUAGGUGUGUACGGCGUUAUGAGAACCAUCUAAAUCGCUGCCAUCCAUGCUCUUCAGCCAUCUCACCAUGCGGCCGGUUCAUUGCCUCGGGAUCUGAGGAUAACUGUGCCUAUGUGUAUGACAUCCGUAGCAGCAGUUACCUCCACAAACUUCAAAAACAGUCGGACACAGUGCUCAGUGUGACGUUCAACCCUGCCACACCAGAGGGAACACACAAUGACGAAGUGGGUGGUAAGAGAGACGAUGAGGACGUCCAGGACAGUUUUUCCUCCCAGGGACCUGUGGGGGAAGGGGAGCAGGUUGCACCAUCUCAGACCACCACCACCAACCCAGUGGACAUGAA